AUGGAGGCACCCACAAAGCCCACCACUCCUCCGGGCACUAAGUCACGAACUGUGACCUGGCACGAAAUAUCAGAGAGGCAACGGGAUAACAAAUAUAUUCUCACUGGUUAUCGCCCGGACAAGGCAGAUUACCUGGAGAUUGUCACCAGUUUAACUUUCCUGCACAACGAGACUUGCAAUGUGUACACCCACCUCAUUGGGGCUCUACUUCUACCAUUCAUCGCGACCGUCUUCAUGCGGGCCGUUGGCGAACCUCACUUUCUCAAUGUGUCGGGGACAGACUAUGCCAUGUUCCGAAUUUUCUUUUGGUGUGCGGAGUGUUGUUUGGUCUUCAGUGCAACCUACCACCUAAUAGGACCCCACUCGCAUGGCGUUGAACAGUUCUGGCAUCGAAUGGACUUACUGGGAAUUGUUAUUGUCACCGUGGGCACAUUUAUUCCGGGUAUCUAUUAUAUCUUCUACUGUGACCCGGGCCUGCAAAAAUUUCAUUGGGCAAUUAUCGUAGCCUCAGGCUCAGUCACCGCUGCCCUGAUCUCGAUACCUACCUUCAGAACGCUUCGCUGGAGGAAAGUGAGGGUAGGCGCUUAUGUUGCACUGGGUGCAUCAGCAUUUAUUCCCCUAAUGCAUGGAGUUCAGCUAUUUGGGCUCGAUUACAUGCUGAAAUAUUCUGGAAUGAAAUGGUAUCUAGUGGAGCUUGUCGUCUACGGCGGUGGAGCUGGUCUUUAUGGGAUCCAGAAGAUCUAA